AUGAACCUGUUGCAGAGAUCCAUCAUCGAUCAAGCCAAAAUCUGCUUCAGAGACCGCAAGAAAAAACCUCCAAAGUUUGACAGAAGCACACACAAAAGUGCUAUCAACGUGGUGAAUGCUGAUAUGGAAGAUGUCAUAGACCAAAUGAGAAUGGACCCAGCAGUCGCUUUCAGCCAUACAAUUUCCAAGGACUUUGACCAUCCGAGACACAUGUCAGGUGGUGUCGCUGUAAUCUUCAGACGCAAGUUUGGAAGGCCACGCUAUUCUGACUAUGUGGAUGAAAAGCUGGUAUAUAAUAAUAACAUAAGAAUUUCAUCUGUUUCAGAUGCCCACGCUUGCAAGGAGUUACAUAGGAGAUCUCACAGAUUUGCUCUACAAAACUUUCAAGAUGUGAUGAACACUGAGGAGUUUUUAUUGCUGCCAUUCUCAGAGGUUGAAGAACUGAUAUCUAGUAAUCAAUUAAAUAUAGCUUCAGAAGAAAAGGUGUUCUUAGCCGUAUUAAGUUGGGUGAAACAUGAUAUUGCUGAAAGAGUUCAAAAUAUAGCAAAGUUGUUAAGACAUGUUCGACUGCCGCUGAUGUCACGAGAUUUCCUGAUGACGGCAGUAGACUCAGAAACACUGGUGCGGGAGAGUGCAGAGUGCAAGGAGUUGCUGUUGGAGGCGAUGAAGUACCAUCUUCUGCCAGAGCAGAGGUCUGCACUGGCCAGUGAGCGUACAUCUGAACGGAGACCUGAGGGAAUCAAGCCAUACGUAUUUGCUGUCGGAGGAGGCAGUUUAUUUGCUAUCCACAGCGAGUGUGAGUGCUACAAUCCAAGAGACGACCGUUGGUUGCCAAUUGCACCGAUGCUCUUCAGGAGGAGUAGAAGCGGGGUCACAGGCCUUGGAAAAUUGCUUUAUGUUGUUGGAGGGUAUGAUGGAGCCUCAGACUUAGCAACGGCUGAGUGUUACAAUCCACAGAGUAACAAAUGGAACACCAUCACUCCGAUGGGCACCAAGCGCAGCUGUCUGGGAAUAUGUGGUUUCGAUGGGUUGAUAUAUGUCUGUGGGGGAUAUGAUGGUGCCUCAUGCCUCAGUAGCAUGGAACGCUAUGAUCCUCUGACUGGAGUGUGGAGCUCAUGUCCUGCCAUGGCCACCAGACGGCGUUACUGUAGGAUAGCUGUUGUAGAUAACUGUAUCUACGCCCUGGGCGGCUUUGACUCUACCAACUACCAGUCAAGUGUGGAGCGGUUGGACCCUCGGUUAGGCCGGUGGCAACCAGUUCCAUCUAUGAGUAGCCGACGCUCCAGCUGUGGUGUGGCUGCCAUGGAUGGACUGCUGUACUGUGUCGGCGGCAAUGACGGAACCAUGUGUAUGUCUAGCGGUGAACGCUUCAACGUCCGCCGCAACACUUGGGAGCCGAUAGCACCUAUGCAUUCCCGACGGUCGACUCAUGAGGUAGUGGCAUGUGAGGGCACCUUGCUAGCGCUGGGAGGCAACGAUGGCAGUUCAUCCCUCAACUCUGUGGAGCGCUACGACCCGAGACUGAACAAAUGGACUAUAGUCACGUCGAUGCUGACCCGACGCAGCUCUGUAGGGGCAGCCAUGUUGGAGUGUUUUAACGUAGAGCGAGGACUCCCGGUAGUGGCUGCGGUCAAUGCCAACGUCAAGACCAUUUGACAGUGAUUAAGGCAGACUAUUAGGUAUCCUCUCCCUCGGCGAACACUUCUUCGCUUAGAACAUGACCGUAAUUAAGACUUUCCACUCAAGAAUGACCAAUUACAGUAAUUAAUUAUUCUUGCUGUUACCUUUUACACCCUUCUGUUUAUGAUUUGGGUUCUUUGAACAGUACCACGUGUUGAGCUUAUUAAGAAAAAAUGUAAAUACUUAUGUUAUUUUUAACGUUAUCAAAAUAGUUAUAUUUAAUCGUUAUGAUGAGAAUUGCAAUGUUUUACAUUCUAUAUUUUAUGAAAUGAUACUGAAUCGACUUCCCGUUUAAUGCUUUAUUAAUUAUAUUAGUAGAACAAACUUCUUCAAAAAUAGCUUUAAAAGUAAUUGAAACCAUAAGGGACACAUUAACAGAUAGAAGACGGUUCUUGAUGUAGGAGGAGAAAGAGAGAAGGAGUGUAGAAUAUUAUGCUCGUUAAUUGAUUUGUGUGCUCUUGUAUUAUAAUAAAAAGCAUUCUUUCAUUUAC